AUGCCACUUCAGAUCAGGAUAGGUGGCCUUGCCAUUGAGGAAAUGUUCCGCUGGGGCAGGAGUGGUCUUUGCGUGCUCGAUGAUACGUACUACUUCUUCAACUAUUCGGUUGCCACCCGGGAUUCCGCUGCUCUCUGGCAGACCCUGGAAGCACACCCGCGUCUGGAGGAGUCUCGGGUCGCGCAUCUCGUGAUGAUCGCUGACGGCGUUGCGGCCGUCGUCCGAACGGACAACACGACAGACCUGGUCUUCUUGAGGAAUUCCACCCCUGAGGGUGAUUGGACGAGGGUGCUGCUGCGUUCAUCGGCCCCUGACACCGAGCGUUUCUCCAGCGUCGUCGCAGUGUCCAGCACCAUUCUGGCCUUCUCUCUCGGAGAGGGCGGAAACUGGAGUUUUUGGGACCUCUCCCGGUUGCGCAGAAGAUCGGAGCACUCCUCAGACGCCCUCAAUGCGUUCUGCACGCUUCCGGCACCGCCUAGAACAACACAUUCUGGCCAACUUCUUGGUGCUACCGGCCAGGGUGGCUUGAUCGUCGCCAAUGCAUCUGGGCUGCUGAUUCUUCCUGCCGCGGGCAUUCAACGGUGUGACCUGUCGUUCCUAGUGCAGCUGCACUCACCUGAUCCCACCAGA